UGAACACAGACAGCAGCAGCAUCUGUCAGUGUCUGCUGAUGAAGGUACCACGUCUCUUUGACCUCAUCUGAACGGGACUUUAACAGCGGAGCAGCCUGACAGCAGGAAGCCACGAUGACGGCAGUGGACCUUUUCAACACUUUGGAGGAUUUAAAAGAAGAGGAAUUUAAGAAAUUCAAAUGGUGUCUGCAGCAGCGGGACAUCCUGGAAGGUUACCAAAGAAUCAAAGAGUCCAAGUUGGAGAACGUAGAAAGGCAGGACACGGUGGAUGUGAUGGUGAAAACCUAUCAACUUCAAGGAGCUCUGAAGGUGACCAAGAAGGUUUUAGAGGAGAUCAACAGGAAUGAUCUGGUCCAGAGUCUGCCAGACACCAGCUCAGGACCACAAGAUAUGGCUGCUGCAAACUAUCUGCAAUCUGAAGAUCAGUUUCUGUGCUCCAUCUGUCUGGAUGUGUUCACUGAUCCUGUCACCAUACCAUGUGGUCACAACUUCUGCAAGAACUGCAUCACUGAUCACUGGAAUACUAAUGACCAGUACCUGUGUCCAAUGUGUAAGGAGGGUUUUACCACCAGACCUGAUUUGAGAGUCAACACUUUCAUCUCUGAGAUGGUUGCUCAGUUCAGACAAUCAGCUCAACAGAAAGCCAGCAGCAGCAGCUCAGAGCAACAAGUGUCCAAACCAGGAGAAGUUCCCUGUGACGUCUGCACUGGAACCAAACUGAAGGCCCUGAAGUCCUGCCUGGUGUGUCUGGUCUCCUACUGUGAGACUCACCUGGAGCCUCAUCUGACCAUGUCAGGUCUGAAAAGACAUCAGCUGAUCGACCCUGUGGAGAACCUGGAAGGCAGGAUGUGUACAAAGCACGAUAAACCUCUGGAGCUGUUCUGUAAGACCGACCAGACAUGUGUCUGCAUGCUCUGCUCUGUUUUAGAUCACAAGAUGCAUGAUGUUGUUCCUCUGAAAGAAGGAUAUGAAAAAAAGAAGGCAGAGCUGGGGAAGACAGAGGCUGGAAUUCAGCAGAUGAUCCAGAAGAGACGACUGAAGAUUCAGGAGAUCAAACACUCAGUCGACCUCAGUGAGGAAGAUGCAGACAGAGAGAUAGCAGAAGGUGUUCAGGUCUUCACUUCUCUGAUGGAGUCUGUUGAGAGAGGCCUGAAUGAGCUCAUCAACACGAUCAAAGAGAAGCAGAAAACAACAGAAAAACAGGCCGAAGCUUUCAUCAAAGAGCUGGAACAGGAAAUCUCUGAGCUGAUGAAGAGGAGCACUGAGGUGGAGCAGGUGUUACGCUCUGAAGACCACCUCCAUCUUCUCCAGAGUGUCCAGUCCCUAAACAUCCAACAACCUCCACCCACCAAGGACUGGACAGAGGUCAGCGUCCGUCCAUCAUCAUAUGAGGGGACUGUGGUGAAAGCUGUGGUUCAGCUGGAGGAGACACUCAGUAAAGAGAUGAAGAAGCUGCUUGAAGCCGAGCUGAAGAGGGUCCAGCAGUAUGCAGUGGAUGUGACUCUUGAUCCUGAUACAGCACAUCCUGAUCUCAUCCUGUCUGAUGAUGGGAAACAAGUGAAUCAUGGUGAUGUGAGGAAGAAUCUCCCAGACAACCCAGAGAGAUUUUCUAAGUGUGUUUGUGUUUUAGGAAAGCAGAGUUUCUCUUCAGGCAGAUAUUACUUUGAGGUUCAAGUUAAAGGAAAGACUGAUUGGAAUUUAGGAGUGGCCAGAGAGUCGAUCAACAGGAAGGGAGACAUUGUACUGAGCCCUGAGGAUGGUUACUGGUUAAUAUGGUUGAGAAAUAAAAAUGAGUACAAAGCUCUAGCUGGCCCUGGUGUCCGUCUCUCUCUGAAGUCUCCUCCUCAGAAGGUGGGGGUGUUUGUGGAUUAUGAGGAGGGUCUGGUCUCCUUUUAUGAUGUAGAUGCUGCAGCUCUUAUCUACUCCUUUACUGGCUGCUACUUCACUGAGAAACUCUUCCCAUUCUUCUGUCCGUGUAGGAAUGUUGGUGGUAAAAACUCUGCCCCUCUGAUCAUCUCUCCUGUCAGAGUAAACUAAUCACUGAUCUCAUUUCAGAUAUUGAUUUAUUUUCAACAAAGGGAACAAAUGUACAUAUUCAUAUAUUUUACAUCUUAUUUUCUACAGAAUCUGUUUCCUGUGGUUUAAAUAGAUAUCGUCCACAUAACGUGUGUCAUGAUGCAUCAAAUUAAUGUGUUGAUUAUGUAAUCAGAUACACAUUUAUUUGUAUUUGAUGUGCAGCCACAGAAAACAUAUUGCUGAAUAUAUCAUUGUGUCAUGAAGUUUCAUUUAAGAGUAAGGCCUAUUACAUCCCAUAGUGUCUACAGAACACAGUAUGUGUCGUUGUUAUACCGUUUGUUUCCUGAAUUCUGU